GGGCAGUCGGGUGGACGGCCCCGCGUUUGCGCGUUCUGUGCAGGAUGCCAGCCAGCCGGCCCCUUGCCGCGCGGCGCCAGCUCCCCGGGUGGGAACCGGGAGGGGGCUGGCCGCCGCGGCUCCCACGCGCGGAGCGCCCCUGCCUGGCUCCGGCGUCCAGACGCCGCGGAAUCCGCGGACCCGGCGCCCGAGGCGCAAUGUUUAGGCUGGCACGAGUUCCGGGCGGGGCCCAGAAUUGUUCUGGCCAGAGGGUUUGGGUGGAUGAGCGAAUGUUCUGGACACCCUGUUCUGUGGAUGGGCGGGGAAAGCAACGGCCGCCCGUGGCCCGGAUCUCCGGGUCUGAGCGGGAUAGGUGGUGGUGUUCCCCACGUGUCGGGGCGGAGGGGACCCUGGCGUGGUCCCCCGGUCACGGGGGAGCCGAGAUCCAGUGUCUCUGGCCCUGGGAAUCCCAGGUGACCGGGGAGUGGGGCUCAGCGGUCCACGGAGUGAUGCGCAAGAAUAGCAAGACCUGCCCUUCCAGCUCCUCUCCUCAUGUGCUUGUCUGAGUGGGCCCGCAGUGACCCAGAGUGAAUUUGCCAUUGGCCCAACAUGAACUGGAAGGUCCUUGAACACGUGCCCCUGCUACUGUAUAUCUUGGCAGCCAAAACCUUAAUUCUCUGCCUGGCAUUUGCCGGAGUCAAAAUAUACCAAAGGAAAAGGUUGGAAGCAAAACAGCAAAAACUGGAAGCUGGGAAAAAGCAGCAGUCCGAGAAGAAAGAGAACUAAAGGGAAACCAGAGAAUGUGCAAUUUAAAUGUCAGCCUGAGUGGAUUCCAGCUGAGAAGAAAGACGAGAAUUACUGAAUGAUGUGUCAGAGGAUAAACUCCCAACCUGUAGGGUUAACUAAAAAUUAUAUGAACUUUUUUAUGCUCUUAAAAGAACCCGUAUUUUGUUUACUAAAAUAAAAUACCUUUGUAAAAAAGGGGGUCUCUGUC